AUGGCUCCCUUCUCGGCCCUGGACCACCUCUCUCUCGGCGGCCGCAUUGACUGGCUGGCCAGCCUCGACACCGCCUUCCACCCCGAGCGCAACUACCGCCGCACCUCCAUCAUCUGCACCAUCGGCCCCAAGACCAACUCGGUCGACUCCAUCAACGAGCUCCGCAAGUCGGGUCUCAACGUUGUCCGCAUGAACUUUUCUCACGGAAGCUACGAGUACCACCAGUCCGUCAUUGACAAUGCCCGUGCCGCCGAGAAGUCCCAGGAGGGCCGCCCCAUCGCCAUUGCCCUCGACACCAAGGGCCCCGAGAUCCGCACUGGCAACACCAAGAACGACGAGGACCUGCCCCUGAAGGCCGGCACUGUCCUGAACAUCACCACUGACGACAAGUACGCUACCGCCUGCGACACUGAGAACAUGUACGUCGACUACAAGAACAUCACCAAGGUCAUCGAGAAGGGCCGCGUCAUCUACGUCGACGACGGUGUCCUCGCCUUCGAGGUCCUCGAGAUUGUCGACGCGAAGACCAUCAAGGUCCGUGCCCGCAACAACGGCUUCAUCUCCUCCAAGAAGGGCGUCAAUCUGCCCAACACCGACGUCGACCUGCCCGCCCUGUCUGAGAAGGACAAGAACGAUCUGCGGUUCGGUGUCAAGAACAACGUCGACAUGGUCUUUGCCUCCUUCAUCCGUCGCGGUCAGGACAUCAAGGAUAUCCGCGAGGUCCUGGGCAAGGACGGCGCCCACAUCCAGAUCAUCGCCAAGAUCGAGAACCGUCAGGGUCUCAACAACUUCGCCGAGAUCCUCAAGGAGACUGACGGUGUCAUGGUUGCCCGUGGCGAUCUCGGCAUCGAGAUUCCCGCUGCCGAGGUGUUUGCCGCCCAGAAGAAGCUCAUCGCCAUGUGCAACGUGGCCGGCAAGCCCGUCAUCUGCGCCACCCAGAUGCUCGAGUCCAUGAUCAAGAACCCCCGCCCCACCCGCGCCGAGAUCAGCGACGUCGGCAACGCCGUUACCGACGGUGCCGACUGCGUGAUGCUGUCCGGCGAGACCGCCAAGGGCAACUACCCCUGUGAGGCCGUGAGCGAGAUGAGCGAGGCCUGCCUCAAGGCCGAGAACGUCAUCCCCUACGUCUCGCACUUUGAGGAGCUGUGCAGCCUCGUCGAGCGCCCCGUCAGCAUUGUCGAGUCGUGCGCCAUGGCCGCCGUGCGCGCCUCCCUCGACCUGAACGCGGGCGGCAUCUGCGUCCUGUCCACUUCUGGCGACUCGGCCCGCCUCAUCUCCAAGUACCGCCCCGUCUGCCCCAUCUUCAUGGUCACCCGCAACGCCUCCGCCUCGAGGUAUGCUCACUUGUACCGCGGCGUCUACCCCUUCCUGUUCCCCGAGGGCAAGCCCGACUUCUCCGAGGUCAACUGGCAGGAGGAUGUCGACCGCCGCAUCAAGUGGGGCAUCAGCAACGCCAUGGAACUCAAUGUCCUCAACGAGGGCGAGACCGUCGUCGUCGUCCAGGGCUGGAAGGGCGGCAUGGGCAACACCAACACCAUGCGCAUCGUCAAGGCCAACAAGAACGACCUCGGCAUCGGCAAGCCCUGA